UACCAAGACUUCGUUCGUGUGUAUAGUUGGAGUCGAAUGUCUCCACUAGUUCUGAUUGCUCCGGAGGAAGGGCAGAGCAACACCUCAACAAUAACUUCCUCGGAUCGUAUCUCCCAAAAUGUGACUGGAUUAAAGGAACGUAAUUACCUAGGGUUAUCAGAUUGUUCAUCAGUGGACAGCUCUACUGUUCCAAGCGACUCAGAUGAGAAAAAGGACAAUCUGAAUUUCAAGGCUACAGAAUUAAGGUUGGGUCUUCCAGGAUCCCAAUCGCCUGAAAGGGAUGACAGCUCAACAAAACUCAAUGAGAAGCCGCUGUUUCCUCUGCUUCCUGCUAAAGAUGGAAUCUGCUCGUUGUCCCAGAAAACUGUGAUUACAGGCAACAAAAGGGGAUUCUCUGACACCAUGAAUGGGUUACCUGAGGGAAAGUUUCCGGGGAAUUCGGGUGUAAAUGUGCUGCUGUCUCCUAGAUCUGCUAGAGCUCAACCAACCACAACAAAAGAAAUGCCGACUAAGGUGUUGCAAGAACGACCCUGUGCAACUAACGGAACAGGCCAUAAAAAAACGGAUGCUUCUGUUGGUGGCAGUGCUCCUGCCUCUAAGGCACAGGUUGUUGGUUGGCCUCCAAUAAGAUCAUUUAGGAAGAACUCAUUGGCUGUCACUUCGAAGAACAAUGAUGAAGUAGAUGGAAAACCAUGUCCUGCUGCUCUCUUUGUGAAGGUGAGCAUGGAUGGAGCUCCCUAUCUAAGGAAGGUUGAUCUUAGGAGUUACAAUACAUACCAGGAUCUGUCUUCUGCCCUUGAGAAGAUGUUCAGCUGUUUCACUCUAGGUCAAUGUGGUUCCCAUGGAGCUCCAGGAAGAGAGAUGUUGAGUGAGAGCAAGCUGAGGGACCUCCUGCAUGGUUCAGAAUAUGUACUCACUUAUGAAGAUAAAGAUGGUGAUUGGAUGCUUGUUGGGGAUGUACCAUGGGAGAUGUUUAUUGAGACUUGCAAGAGGCUGAAAAUCAUGAAAGGUUCUGAUGCGAUUGGCUUAGCACCCAGGGCUAUGGAGAAAUCCAGGAGCAGGAGCUAGAAUGACAUCGGGGACUAUUGACUCCUCUGUCUGCAAAAACUCAAUGUGAAGUACGCUGUAAAUUACUGAAUCUCCGACCUUAGACGGAGGGUCAACAAUACAAACCUUACCUUAUCUCUGGUUAUAACAUAUACACUAAAAGGUUGUGUUGGAUGUUGAUUUGUUAUUAUUUGAAAUAUAUUAUUCUAUCUUAAAAGUCAGCAAUUGUGAAGUCUAUAUUAUGUCGUGAUGGGAGCUUUUUUGUUUAAAUGGGUUGAAUACUUGUUACCAUCAAAUCAAAGACCACCAAUAUUAUAUCCGUGUGUGAUUUGACA